AAGCGACCUUUCCACGGAUAUUUUCCCCUUGCGCGCAUGGGAGCAUCGCUUCCCCUCAGAGGACCGGCUAGCCGCGGUCUGCCGAGCGUACCCGAACGAUCCCGAUGUCCAAACCUCGCUCGCCGGCUAGCCCGGUAACUUCGGUAGUUCGCACUCAGCCCGGAAUUGUGCCGAUCCGCGCUUUCGUACUCUCCUUAUCACCGCCCCGCGUCCUGUGACACCCUGUGCGCGUGUGUUUUCGCUUUCGCCCACCCCCUGUGCAAUUUGUGUGUUUUUCGGGAGGGAUUUUCGAAGGUUUCGCCGGUGGAAUUUUUCAAAUGUCGAACGAUUUCUGGUGUCAGCUGCCCGGCGGAUAGUCCGGCAAGAUGUGCGCGAUCAGUGAUGACAACUACGUGGUCAGACUGAUUUUUGAGUCGAUUACUUUCAAAAUCAAGUGCAAGUUUCUCUGUUGAGUUGACCCUUUGUUUUGUGUGCGGAUUUUCGCCUCGUUAUUUUUGUCGUUUUUGGAUUGUUUGAAUUUUUGUUGCCUCCACCUUGGAUUUUUCAAGAGAGUUGUUCAAGAUGCGAAUAAAAAUGCCUGCGGUGAGAAUCGCUCAAGCGGACGCAGAUGGGGAAACCCCCUCCUCGCAAGACAUCCUAACCUGCGGCGUCUGUCAGAAACCCUUCGUCCUGGGCGACAUCGUCAAGUUCAUCCAGCACAAAGUCCACUCGUGCAACAAGGAGAACUUCCCCGGUGGACACGAGAACCACCUGCCACCCUCCGGCGAGGGCGACGCCGAUUCGCUGGCCCUCGUGGCGCGGCGCCCGAGCAUCUCAGCCCCGAUCAAGAAGUCCUCCUCGACCUCAGGGAGGAUCUGCACGCCACCCCUUGGCGAAGAUGACCCCCGCUGCUCCACCCCCAAGAGGAGGUCCUCGUCACUGGAAAGCCCCCUGCUCAGGCAUCACGAGAUGGAUGUCGACUCCUUAGAUGAGGAUAUUAUCAAAUCCAGGAAGAUCAAGCAGGAGUCUGAUCUUUCGUCGCCAGAGGACGCUGUCCUCAAGAAGAUUCGCGCCGAUUGCGUCGACGCUGAAUCGAAUACUACGAAUUCUGAACCAAAUAACUACGUUUGCUCGACCUGCAAGCACAGAUACCACUCGGCGUGGCGGCUCCUGCAGCACGUGCAGAACAGUCACGGAAUGAAGAUCUACGUGGAAGCCUCCUCCUCCAACUCCUCGCUGGGCUCCUCGCCGGGCUCGGCCUCACUCGCCAAGCCAGCUCAAAGCCACUCCUCCCCCUCCUCCUCCUGCUCCUCCACCUCCCCCGCCUGCUCGGGGGGCUCCCUCACCUCCUGCCCGGUGCCCCCCACGCACCCCCUGCCCCGACCCCCGCUCCCACCUACCUCCCCCCUGGACACGCACAACCCUCACAUGCCGCUCCACCCUUUUGGGGUGGGAGGCUUGCUAAGGAUGCCGUUGGGUGAGCCUCCCAGACACCACUUCCCGCCGACCUCCACGCCAGUGAGUCACAGCCCCGGAAACGGCCCGGCCGCUGCCUUAUUCGCCAGACCCUCUAGUCACCACGAUCAUCCCUUCCUCAUGGAGCAGCUCGUCAACGAGCAGUUCCGCAUCAACCAUGGGAUCGCGGCCGCGGUAGCCGCCGCCAGCGGGGUCCCGCCCCCGCACUCACCUUUCCUCCCCACGGAUCGCCCAUCCCCUGUUCCUACGUCGUCCGUUCCUCCCCCGCCAGCGCUGAGCUUAUCCCUGGAGCCCCAGCUGGAUUUUUACUCGAAGCGGCUUCGGGAGCUCGCUGGCACGACCAGUCCUGGCGCCGCCACCAAGAGCUCCUCGCCGUCGCCGCGGAAGCUGUCACCCCCAUUCACUAGUCCCAAUAGCAAUACCCAAGGAGCAUCGAACGUCUCGAGCUCGUCGAUAGCCACGAAUAACAACAACAACAGCAACAUGCAGAACAACAACAUGGAGCCGGAGAAGCAAUCGCAGCUGGCCGAGACCCCGGCGUGCGAGUCGUCGAUGGACCUGUCGGCGACUCCGCGCUCGGCAUCGACCCCGCCCAACAACAGCGACAAGCCGGCGGAUUUUUCCAUGCCCCCGAGCUCCGUCUCGCCGAUCUCGGAGGAGAAGACGCGCGCCUGCGAGUUCUGCGGCAAGAAGUUCCGCUUCCAGAGCAACCUCAUCGUCCACCGGCGCACGCACACAGGCGAGAAGCCCUACAAGUGCUCCGUCUGCAACCACGCCUGCACGCAGAGCUCCAAGCUCAAGCGGCACAUGAAGAUGCACUGGCAGCCGGGCCGGGGAAACGGGGAGACCGGUGGCGAGGAGGAACCCACCGCCGUCAACGGCGACCACUCGACACCGGACGAGGUCUCUAACUCGGGCUCCAAGGACGAGGAGAUGGAGGACGAGGAAGAAAUGGACGAGGACGAAGAUGAAGAGGAGGAAGACGAGGACGAAGACGUCGACUCCGAGAUGAAGUUGGAAGACGAAGAGGAAGACGAGGACGAUGACGAUCUCGGGGGUGACGCCCCUGAAGACCUGACCACCAAGUCCAACUCCUCGACGCCACCCAACAGUGGAGAGCCAAACAAAACCCCCUCCACGACGCCACGGCCGACCUCCACACCCACCUCCACCGAGAAGGGCAACUCCCUGGUCGGCGAACUCAUGGAGAAGUUCGGCCUCCGGGACAUCCAACAGUACCACGACGCUUACCGGGAGGCUCUUCGGGAGUCGAUCGGACCACCCCGCUCGAAGGACGACAUGCUCCACCCCAGGUCCCCGAUCAUCGCCGAGAACAACAACAUCAAGAGCAAGUCGAAACACCUCGAGAACGGGCUCUUGGAGAAGUCGAGUCGCUUCCGCGAUGAAUUCGCCAAGAACCUGAUGAGCGGCGAAACACCGAUGGAUCUCGGCAGCCACCCCGCGUUCUACGGCCCUGGCUCGCCUUUCGAAAACCCCUUCGACGCCGCCAACAAGCGGAUGAAACUAGAGUUGGAGAACCACCAUCACUCAAUGCUGGGCCGCGGUGUGCCCGGUCAAUACGCCGGGUUGUGGUUGCCAGCCCUAGCGGCCGCCCACCAACGGGAGUUCCACUUCACGGGCGGCAGGGGCGACAACCCCAUCCACAUGCUGAACCCCCGGUCCAAGUCCACCGAACCCAUGAUGAAGGGCGACGGUCGGGGCCUCAAGGCCGGAACCAGUGCCUCCUCGUUGGCCGUCGUGGCGGCCGCAGCGGCUCUGAGCGGCCUCCCGAUGCAGCACAUGAAGAAGGAGUCGCGAAGAAACGACACCUGCGAGUACUGCGGCAAGGUCUUCAAGAACUGCAGCAACCUCACCGUUCACCGCCGCUCGCACACCGGCGAGAAGCCCUACAAGUGCGAGUUGUGUUCCUACGCCUGCGCGCAGAGCUCCAAGUUGACGAGGCAUAUGAAGACACACGGGAGGCUCGGGAAGGACGUGUACAAGUGCCGCUUCUGCGAGAUGCCGUUCUCGGUGCCCUCGACGCUGGAGAAGCACAUGCGGAAGUGCGUGGUGAACCAGAACAUGAAGGUGGACGUCAUGCCGGCCUUGAUGGGGCCGGAUGAUGACUCGAGCAUCUCUGCCUCGAAGGACAACACAUGACUCUAUCCUUGGGGGGGACUUCGGCACCUCCCGAUUCAGAGCAUCUACUGACGCCAGAUGUCUCCUUUGCCCGUCAGAGGUAGAGGCUCCCGUGGACGCAGAAGGGCCUCGUUCCGAGGCCAAUGGUGACCCUCUUCCGUUCAUGACCAAGUUCCUAUGUAAGCUUAAAUGUGGUUUCCCGGCGCGGGGACGUGACGUCAUUUCAACGUUGCAAAAUUUGCUGAAAAUGGUGCUACUCGUUCAUUGACUAUCCAUUGAUGGAUCGAUUGGUAAAUUGGACUACAUUUUGCAAUUAGGAACUAUAAAUUCUAGCCCGGUUUAAAAACAACGUAUGUGCCAUUAGUUUCCCUAUGCACAUAAGUGUUUUUCUAGAAGAGCCAGAAUUUAUAGUUCCAAAUUGCAAAAUGCAGUCCAAUUGAUGAUUUAGGUUUUGGCAUAGUAGUCGUUUUUCAAAGAAUUUUUUAUUUCAGAGUGGUCCAUUUGGUUUACAUCGUAAUUUACGGAGGUAAAAUACAAUGUAAAGCAAAUGGAUGGCCUCUUAAGGAAAGGAGCUGUUCAAGGAGAGCAGAGACCAGGAAUACGACCCUUGAUCUCAACCAUUGCCUGAAACGCUCAUAUUUUUUCAUUAUUUCAAAGCUGACAACUUGCAUUUUUGCAAGAAGGCAGAACAAAGUGGAAAGUUCACACUUUACUUUUAGUAAUUCAAAAGAUGUAUCACGAAUUUAACCAUUUAUCAUCAAUCGAUGCAUUGAUCAAUAGUCAAGGAAGAGCGCGGUUCUGCUUAAACAGUUUCUCCACUGUUUUACAAAAACGACUGCUGGUUUUUUGUACGAAAUUUUGCUAAUUUUUUCAAUGAUGCGCAAAAAAAUCAGUGAACUUUUCAACGAAGGGAACCAAGACUUUCCGGCUUUAAGGACGGAUAGCGUGUCGAAAUUUUGCGACGGUGAGAUGAAGUUGCGUUCUUUCGUCCCGGAAAUGGCGAAAUGUGGUUUUCUUCGUCGAACCUCUCAAAGACUGCUGUUUUCCGACAAGUAUCCUCGUCGAUGUAAAUGUUUCUUUUCAUUUUGUACGAUAAUAGUCCUCACGUAGUUGUUUUUAAGUCUUUCAAUGUCAUCCACCCCGAAAUGAGUUGCAAUCGUUCAAAAAGUAACGCACAAUACCCCCGUAUCCAUACAAGAUUCUCUCGUUGCGUAUCAGCAUGAGUUGGACCAGUCAACUGUGAAUGAAAAAUUUACCCAAAUUGAGGUACGAAAGUUUCUUCUUUUGAGAAGGGAAAUUACAAUAAGUCAAUUUUUCUCUCCUCCUAGAAAGUAUUAUUCCUGUCGAUAACAUGAUUUUCACUCAUAUUUUUUGUAAUGGAAAAACCAUAGUUUAAUUGUAACACUUGAUUGUAAAUAGGUGUUAUAGCGAGAUAGUAUAUACGUAAAUGUGAACCGGUACUUAUAAUAAUCACUCGCUGUACUUUCCUGUUGGUUUCCCCUCUUAUUAACUUAUCGUAGCUAAAUAAGGCAUUUGAUAUAUUUGUAUAUAGAUAAAAUUUGAUUCAUACCAAAGCAAUGUUAUCGCAUUAUUGUCACUAUUAGUUUUUAUAUUUUAUAAUAAUUUUGAAAACCUCGUGCGUUAAAUGGAGCGGUCUGUAAAAGGGACUUAUUGAUCCAUCUCAGAAUGGAUGAGGCCUGAUUUGAAGGGGGAUUUUGACGUUUUUGGUUUCUACUUUUUUCAUUUUCCGAUUGGAGAAAUUGUAACUGAAAUAUUUGAGAUUUAUAACUGUAAUCUCUGAAUUGAUUUUAGGACUCACCUGAAAUCAUAUUUUCUUCCCCUCAAAUCAAGAUCUUAAAAGUAUGCAAUGAGUCCGCAUUAUAGGUUUCAUUGAAACGUAAAAAUUUGGAACUUUUUUUAAAUUUUCAUAUUUUAUUUAUUUAUUUUUUUUUAAUUCAUGACUUGAAGAUAGGUGAGAUUAGGCGUUACCGUUUUGAGAAAAUAUCGUCGUAAAUUUUAAAAAAAGUAGCAUUUGAAAACUCAAAAUCUUUUCACUUUUCAACCUUAUGGUUGAAUGUAUCAUAACAAUGGAACGCAAUUUUCAGCAAGAGUCUCUACUAAACAAUUCUAUCAAAAGAAAGAUAUUUGUGAAGAAUUUCUGCAUUUAGAUAUGAUCUUCUUCAAAAUCACACUCCUAUGGCUUCACGUCCUUUCAUUUCGUAAAUUUUUUGUCUCGUUGAUUUUUUCUAUUGUGUGAAAAGCAAUUUAUAAUUUUCAAAGUAAGCGUGGUAUUUGUGAACUUUAACUACGAAGAAUUACACCGACUAAGGUUACUGAAUAGUUGUAAACUCUAGUUAAUUUAUGUAGAAAUCGAGCUCAAUUAAUCAUUUUGAUUUCCGCACAAUCAAUGGGUUAUUUCAGAGAAAAAAUAAAAACAUAGUUCUUAUUUAUUAGACUACUAUUAUGAUCCUCUUUUUUAUAUUCUAGCUUGUGUGUGUGUGUUUUAUUCGGUUUUUACAAGACGUUAAGACGUGCAUAGUGCCUCCCAAAUAAGUACUAAUCAAAAUUCCCUUAAAAAAUCUCUAAAUCAGUUAAUUUUCAAAUGUGUGCCCCUCGCUCUAUAAAAUUCAAAAAUUCUGUUGAGAUUUACAUGCCUUUUUUGAUGUUUAUCAUAGCAGGAUUUUCUCAUAUAUAAUCAUAGAACCAACGAAUUUAAUUAAUUGGAAUUGUCCCUGAAUAAUAAUUAGUAAUUUUUGCAUUUAGUCUCAUCGGCACUUUUUAGACGCACUCUUGAACGAAGAAACCCCAACUGUAAAACCCCAGAGUCAAAACUUUUCAUUGCUCAGAUAAUUAUGUCGAAGUCUACACAAUAGUUUUUCAUUUAUUCCUUUGGACACAUCAACUUCUAUUUUCCAAGAAAAAGACACUCAAACAUUCCACGUUAUCUCUCAGAAUUAAUGACGAUACUUUACUGAAAAUUCAUUCCGUAAUAUAUGUAUCCCUCUCCCUUCUUCAUCAUUUUUUACAUCCUCUUCUUCCUUUUCAAAUUUAAUAAUUUUAUUGUUUUCGUUCAUUUUGCGAGCAUAUUUCAACACUCGAAAAUCACAAAGUUAAUUCUGCACUAAGUCAAGCUUUUUCACCAGUAUCAUCAACAUUUUCUCUUUGGUAAGAAUUCCGUAAGAAAGAAAGAAAAAAAAGUUGAAAGUGUAGAAAGUAACUAUCUUAGCGCUUUUUUAACCAUUCUGUUAAUCUCUGAAAAUUCGUUAGACCUCUGACAUAAAUGAGAUUCAGAGUCAUAAAGGGUAGGUUUUUAUGUAAAUUCGCCGGAAAAAUCAUAAUAAAUUCCGUUUUGAUCAAAUCAGAUCAUUCAAAGACUUGCAAAAAAAUGUUAUUGUUUCACAUGUCACUAUUUUCUCAUUGAAUAUAUGGUCGCAAUAUGAAUUAUAUGUUUCACGGUGCUUCCUUCAAGUAUAGUUCUCAGAAAGUUGAAUUCAGAUUUACUUUUUCCGUUCAAACACGAUUCUUUGGGAUCGGUUUGUGGUGACAAAUUCCCUAAAUUUUUUAUAUUAACAACCUAUUUUUGUUAUGCUUGAACUCCAGUUUUGUAAAAGUAUUAUUUGUAUUUUUAACUUUCCUCGAUCUAAAUUAUUUUUCUUCUAUUUUUAUUCAAAUCUGAUCACCUUUGUUUACCGGUUAGAUUUAUUUGAUAGAGUUCGUUUGUAAAGAGGAACCGGUGAUGAUCUUUAGGAUUUCGUUAACUAAUUGAUGAUUAUUUUUUAUCUAUUAUUUUUUUUUAAUUUUUUAUUAUUUCUUUUUUUACCAUCAUCCUUGAACUCUAAUAUUAUCUUUCAAUUUUGUUCGUUUACUUUUGUACAAUGUGGGUUAAUAUCAUACGUGUUGUUUUUUAAUUCUUCUUCUUCUGUUUUCGGAUUAUUGUUUUGUUACUUUUUGUCAGUUCGACUGUGUAAAUAUAAUACAGAGGUAUAGUUUACGUACUUGUACCGGUAUUGAAUGUAAAUGUGAAACAGUGAGUACUUAUCUAGUAUUCUUAUGUAAAAAGGUUACUUUUUUCUUGCCUGUAUGUUAUUAGUGUUUAUAUAUUUUUAGGUAAUUUGAGUUAUUUUUUUUAAAUUUCCAUACUUUCUGUUACACCUAAGUUGAAAAACUGUCGUGUAUAGAUUCGAGGUGUGUAAAAGUAAAUACUGAGUAAUAUAAAGCUAUAAUAAUCCAUAUCUUCUAGACACUUAAAUUUGUUGUUUAAUGUUGAUAAUAAACGAUGAACCUUCUACAAUGAA